CAAAAGCAAAGCCACCGAACAGACCAAAUCCACCCAUUCAAUCCGUCUAUCUUUAUUCAGUGAUACCUUACACUAUAAAGCCACUAAAAAUCACAAUCCGUGAAACUCUUUGUUAUCACUCUCUCAUCUCACCAUGAAAUUUUCUUAAAUCUAAUCUCUUAGCUUCCAAACAACCCAUCAAAGCUUAUCGCUUUCCUCUUUACUUCGGCAAUGGUCUCACUGGAAAAUUCUCACACUAGUUCACAAACUUUCUAUUCUCCAAGGUCUUCAGUCUCUUCCACCAAGAUUCAGAGGGCUAUCGGCCGGUCCAUGAGGACGAUCCGCUCUAACAUCUACCAAACCGACCUGAGCUGCUCAUUUACCGGUUCUACGGUCGAAAAAUCGACAUGCCUGUCGGAAAACCUAACCGAUUCGGUCGUCGACUUGCGACUCGGAGAGCUCGCGUCUCGGGUCAACAAGUCGGUGAAGUCCUCGACUUCCGGCGAGGAAUUUCUCGACAUCUCUCAAGCUUUCAGCGACUUUUCGGCUUGUAGCAGCGAUAUCUCCGGCGAGUUACAGAGGCUUGCGAGUGUUCCGGCGUUAGAGAAUGGUCCCGAUCCGAAACCCGAGAACGAACCCGAGCCUUGUCAGGGGUUUCUCCAACGCGAGAACUUCUCGACGGAGAUAAUCGAGAGCAUAUCGCCGGAGGACCUCCAACCGACGGUCAAGAUUUGCAUCGACAGUCUCCAAUCGCCGUCGAUCGCGGUAAAGAGAUCGGCUGCGGCGAAACUGCGACUCCUGGCGAAGAACCGGUCCGAUAAUCGAGCUCUGAUCGGUGAAUCAGGUGCCGUUCCGGCACUGAUUCCACUCCUCCGGUGUACCGAUCCGUGGACGCAGGAACACGCCGUGACUGCUCUCCUCAAUCUCUCACUACAUGAAGAGAACAAGAGUCUGAUCACCGGUGCCGGAGCUAUAAAAUCGCUUGUUUAUGUACUGAAAACAGGUACGGAAACGUCGAAGCAAAAUGCUGCGUGCGCUUUGCUGAGCUUGUCUUUGAUCGACGACAACAAGAUGUCGAUCGGCGCGUGUGGCGCAAUUCCGCCGCUGGUGUCGCUGCUAAUCAACGGGUCGAACCGGGGGAAGAAGGACGCGCUCACGACGCUUUACAAGCUCUGUUCCGUGAAGCUGAACAAGGAGAGGGCGGUGAGCGCCGGAGCGGUGAAGCCGCUGGUGGAGCUGGUGGCGGAGCAGGGUACGGGAAUGGCGGAGAAAGCGAUGGUGGUUUUGAGCAGCUUGGCGGCGAUUCAUGAGGGGAGGGCGGCGAUUGUGGAGGAAGGGGGGAUUCCGGCGCUUGUCGAGGCGAUCGAGGACGGUUCGGUGAAGGGCAAGGAGUUUGCAGUGCUGACUCUGUUGCAACUGUGUGCUGAUAGUGUGAGGAACAGAGGAUUACUUGUGAGGGAAGGUGGAAUACCUCCUCUUGUUGCUCUCUCUCAGUCUGGGACUGCUAGAGCCAAACACAAGGCUGAAACACUUCUUGGGUAUUUGAGAGAACCAAGGCAAGAAGCUUCCACUUCUAGUCCAUAGAGAGGUAUCUGUAUUAUUAGAUUAUUAUAUUGUAAGGCUGAGUGGUUGGUUGUUGACUGUAUAUAGGAAGUGUGUUAGAUGGUUUGUACAGAGUCUUUGAGAACCUUGAGAGAUUCUUAUGUAGUAGUGAAGAAAAAAAAAAAUUGUAGAAACUAGUGAGAAGCAUAUGACCUUUAGAUGUAUGGUUGUUGACUAGGGUUUUGAGGGCUUUUACUUUCCACUUAAACCUUUGUUUUUGUGGAGGAGGGAUACUUGUUUUGCCUAGCGGGGUUUUAGAUUGGUGAAGAUUUGGAUUUUCUUGCUUAUGCUUUGUUUGGCUGGUCCAAAUUAUGUAUGUUAAAAGGGGUACUAAUUGUCUGGUUUUACCUUGUGAAAACAGAGAAAUCCUGUGUAGUUUAUUAGAUUUGGUUUUGUAUGCUUUGUGAUUACAGAGGAAAUGGUAGGUUUGUUAUGUGUAUUAUUAUGUAGCAAGAGGUUCUCUUUCUUUUC